UAAAUACGAAGGCGCGCAAACAUCUGCACUUCACAACGAGGCGUGGUUUAGAACGGACAGGUGGGCUGCUGCUGUAUAACUGCUGUGAACAUUAAUUCAACUAGGAUACUUCUUUCUAUCCCGGAGACCAACACUUCACCAUGCCAAAGUGCCCAAAAUGCACGAAGGAAGUUUACUUCGCGGAGCGAGUGACAUCACUGGGGAAGGACUGGCACAGACCCUGUCUGAAGUGUGAGAAGUGUAACAAGACGCUAUCGGCCGGAUCACAUGCAGAGCAUGAGGGCAAGCCUUACUGUAACAACCCCUGCUACUCUGCACUAUUUGGGCCUAAAGGAUUUGGACGUGGGGGAGCUGAAAGCCACACAUUCACCAAGUAGACCAACUCAGGUUCAUCCACCACACCAAAUGGGUUACAAGAAGAAGGCAACUCAGCAUUCUACAGCAUCCUCCAUACUAUACGAAGCAAAAACAAACAACCAAAAAGGCUCCUUUUUGGAACCACCAUUUUGUGUUAUUUUCUGUCUUUGUGUUGUCUAGGAAUCAGCCUUAAUACACAUGUUAAUUGGCUAUAGUGAGAUGUUCACUAUAGUCCCACUAGUGGAGCAGAGGGUUAAACAAUAACCUCUCCGUUCCUGUACUUGUUUUUAAAUUCUGAUUAAAAACUCUUUUUCAAAACA